AAUUACCUGGUUCUCUGAGAAGACUUGAAUUGCUGUAAAAUCGUGUCAAUUUCCACGUAGAGUUUAUUUAACGCGUCCCUUGUACUCAGCCCAGAAUCAGUGAAAAUUGUUUCCAUUUUUCCAUUGUUUGAGGUUAUGGCUGAUUUGACAUUUACCUGUUAAGUUGGUAUUUGUGUGUCAGGUUGGCAAAGCUGGGUGUCAGAUUUAAAAAGUCAACUUGUGGUUUCUUAUCGUCCUAGACUUAUUGUACUAUAUAAGUGAUUUAUUGCGAACAUUAGUCAUUUUGAUAAAAUAAAAUUGUAAUUGUAAAACUUUUAUAGUUACGUCGAUACAUGCCUUAUUAAGCAAGAUUGAACUCCCGGAUGAUAAAAAAAUUAAAGGUUAUGUUUAAGUGAAUGUUCUUGAUCUGAGGUUCUACGUGUCUUGUGUCUCCACUUGUGACUGGUUAAAAGGGCCGAAAGGGCCCCAGACCAAUUUAUCCUAAAGGCACUCCACAUGCGGUAAAUAAAAAUUCCAAUAAGAAGAAGAAGAAGAAUGUUAUGAAAAGUUGCGGCGUAUAAUGAAUAAUAAUUAAUAACAUUCAAGGGCAUUGCCACUUUUGCAGUGAAAAUAAAGAAGUGCGAGCAAAAAUUAUGUUUGUAAAUUGUGAUGGAUUAAUUUAUGAUUAUAAUUUAUAAUUAAUUCAAAGAAUUAAGGAUUAUACCUCAUAUAAUAUGGAUUGUGCAAACAAGUAUGAAGUCAAGAUUCAAAAGAUCCUGGAAAAUUUCCUGGACCCAAAAUACAAAAUCAAAAACGAUGUUUACUUGAAUACUUUGUUUGUUAAUAUUGUAAAAAAUGCAGAUGGGGUUCCCAAAGAAGCAAUAAAUAUAGACGUGUACACCAAUUGGCUGGAGAACCUGCUAACAGUAUGGAAAUCGAGCAAAUCUCCGCAAGGCAUCGUUAUUUUUGCCUUGAACGUCAUAUCCUUUCUUGCAGCAAAAGAACAAACAUUCGCGCAAUUCCAGAAAUUCCUUUGCAUCGAAAGGUUCGUACAAACCUUCGAACUAACGCGAAUGGAGAUUUCGCAGAGUUAUAAGCACGCAUUUAUUAAAAUUUGCAACGCUUGUUUGGAGCACCAAACUGGAGUGCAAUGGUUGAUUUCCAAAACCUACUGGAAGCACGUACUGGCGUUUGUGCUGACCAAUCAAACCUUGUAUGUGACGCAGCAAGGGUACAAGUUCGUAGCCGGUUUGCUGAAGAAGAGUUACGAAGUGGACGCGGGUUUUGCGUUGAAGAUAGUGGAGACGAUAAUGUUUCCACUCAAAGAGAAACUGAAUGUUUCCAUAAAUAACCCCGAUAAUUUUUUGGAGAUAAACGACGAGGUUUUGUAUGGGAAAUUGCAACCAACGUUGGAGUUAAUUUACGGAAUUUUCGAAGUGUACAUGUCGGAAAUAAGUGUCAACUACGAUUUUAAAGUGGUCAACGUGUUCAUACAAAAGUACAAGAUCGAGGACGUUUUGUUCGAGUACAUGACCAUCUCGCAGAGUAAGGAGUUCACUUUGGCCUUGUCCAAAAUCGCUUUACCAGCCAUGUUUUUCACGUUCGCCCAGGAGGUUAUAACCUCCAAGUCGAUGACUGCGGAUUUGGGGUACAAAAACCUCAACUGUGUUUUCCGCGUUAUCACUAUUAACGUGAACAAGUCGUACUAUGAAAACGUGCUGCAGCUGACCCAUUGGGUGAACAAGUACAGAUUUCAAGUCGAACCAAUACUGGGUACAUAUUCUCAAAAAAGAUGCGGCGACGUCAGUCAGCAUCAGAUGCUGACGUUGCAGAUGUUCCCGGUGGCUUGCGUGGGGUACAAAAUACGCGGGAUAGGGCACCACGAGUUGGCCAAAACGGACGAAAUCCGCGGCAUAUUCCUCAGCAAACUCCUGAGCAUGCUCAAUACGGCCGUCAAACCCACCGUCAUGAAAUGGCGCGAGUUGAUCUACACGGACCCUUUCAUCUACCCCAAAACCACCUUAUCUUUGAACUACCUCAUCAAGUACAAACAGUAUUUCCCGCGUUCCGCGGCCAUAACGGCCUUCCAAACGAUGAUCUACUGCUUGAACGACAUCAUCUUUAUGCUGAAGGAGACUCCUCAAAUCAUCACGGCUCUGCUCGAACAAGUCAACUUCUUCUGUUUGCUCCUGGAGUGCAUAGCCACUUUCGUAAAGGAGUUCAGCAUCACCUGGACCGACAGCAUGGAGACCAUAUGCGUGAUGAGCUUGGCCUUCGAUUUCAUCAGCCACCCAGCUUGGCCUCCAAACGCUGUAGUCAAGGCGUUAAAGCUGGUGGAAAUUUCGAUUAGUAAAUACAUGGCUCCGAAUAUGGUGCUUCUGAUCGACAACACCAACGGCUCCACCUUGGAAUUAAUGCCGCCAUUAUUGUACACCAAAUUGCACGAUCCUAGCUGGGAAGUGAGAGACAGCACACUGGAGGUGCUCUGCAGUAUAGCAGAAAACGCAAUUCAAAGGUUUCCAUCGUACCAAAAAAUAAUCCUGGAAUCUGAGCUUUCGACGUUGGUCGUACAGAUGGCGCUGAACGAUGGUGAGAGUUUCGUACGCAUGUCAGCUGUCAAAUGUUUGCAGCAAAUGAUCGUGGUGAACGAGUUGUGGAACGACGUGGACCAAGUUCAAAAUCUACACCUAUCCGUGCUUAAAUCCAUUCUUGAAGAAACUGAAGGCAUAGUUCGAAAAGAGUUGGUGAACUUGGUCACAAAAAUAUACGAGAACCAAUUAUUCCCGGGCAGUAUCAUAGACCGGGUCUACGAUACAAUGUGUCAAGCGGCCAUAUACGACUUGCACUGGGAAGUAAAGGUGAACGCGUUGAGUUUCUGGGACAAAGUUAUAAAUCUCCACCUGCAAAAUCAAGGGAUGAUCGACGGCAUUUUCCCCACGCAAACCUUCUCCAGAGAAAACCGCAAGAUCGUGACCCUAACGGACCUGGAAAUACAAAAAAGACUGAUCAGGUGUCUGAACCAACUGAACUCUGCCGGCUGCCUGACGGUGUUGAUGUCGAGUAUCAUAGACGACUGCGAUUUGGAGGUUUCCAAGUGCGCGAUACGGAUAACCCAGCCCUUCUUGGAACUCCUCAAACAGUACGAUGUCAAUACGCUGAACGUCACGCUGAACACCCCGCCCAGUCCUCUGCGCAUAAACUCGUCUUCAUCGCCCAUCAGCAGUUACAGCGACUACGAAAUUCCCAUGACGGGGGUCAGCUCGGUCGAUUCCGGCGUCGAUUUUUCCCCGAUGCCGGAUUUCUCCGAAAAAAUCGUCGACGAGAUCCUCGACACGAAAGAUUUGAACCUUCUGCAAAGCGUUUUCAAUUCGGAUGGCUCCAAUGCGAACGCGACUUUACCGCUGAAGAGGAGAAAGUCCAGUUCUCCCAAGGAGUUCAUCGAGUUUGUGAAUCAGGAUUUAAAAAUGCUCUUGGGCGACCGCCAAAAAUGGUUGGAGUCGAUCGAUGAUUUCGACUCGCUUUUGAAUGAUAUCCUGAAGGAGUAUCAUGAAGAUGAAGUUAAUAGUAUGGAUUGUUAUUGAGUAGAGAACAAAUUUUAAUAAACUAUUUUUAUUAUUUCUAA